AUGGCGUCAACCGCGGCGCCGUCGUUCGUUUGCACGUGCAGAGCUGCCGGCGCGCUGAGAGCAGACGCGCUAAAAGGAGACGCGUUAAAGGAAGGCGCGGCUGCCUCGCACUCCUGGGCUUGCCAGGCCGGCUCGCCUGCCAGGAACUACGCGGUUGUACGAAGCUUCGUUCUCGCCAAAAUCUUUCCGUCUCCCUACACCCACCCGCAAGCCCAUUCGUUCCGCCCCGCCACGCCGGCUUCCGCGUCCGCCAACCUCACCGGCGGCGAUAGAGACCCUUCCGCGGACGACGUUUACGUGCCCAUCUCCCCUGACCCCAAAAAGACCGCCCCCAUCCCCGUUACAAGCCCAUCCGCUCUCUCCUCAUUCCGCUCGCUGUUCAAUCUUGAGAAGCACUACGCGUUUUACGGCUCGUACCACGACGACCCGGUGAACAAGGCGAUCCACAUGGUCUUUGUGUGGCCCAUCCUCUUCUCCGCGCUCGUCCUCCUCCAGUACACGCCGUCUUUAAUCUCCCUCAGCCACCCACUCCUCGCCGCUUUAGCUAGGCUCGUGCCGCAGGUGCCUGUACCGCUUCCUCUCGCGCUUCCGGGCAGCGGGCUGGUGUUUAACUGCGCGGCGCUGGUGUCGGUGGUGUACGCGGCGUUCUACAUUGGGAUGGAACGGCGCGCGGGGUCGCUCGCGGCGCUGAUGGUGGGCGCGUGCUUCGUGGGCUCGCGCGCCUUCAUCAAAGCCGUGGGCGCCGGGCGCGCGUGGAAGGUGCACGCGGGGCUGCCAGAGGGGGGGUUAACCACCUCCCCUUUCCUCCCUCUCCCUGUUCUAUCACCCUGCCUCUCUCCCCUGUCCUCUCCCCCUGCCAAUCCUCCCUGCUUCCCUCCCUCCCUCCCUCCCUGCCUCUCUCCUCUGCCUCUCUCCUCUGCCCCUCUCCUCUGCCCCUCUCCUCUGCCCCUCUCCUCUGCCCCUCUCCUCUGCCCCUCUCCUCUGCUCCUCUCCUCUGCCCCUCUCCUCUGCCCCUCUCCUCUGCCCCUCUCCUCUGCCCCUCUCCUCUUCCCUCUUCCCACUGCUUCUCUCCUCUGUUCUCCCUGCCGCGCCCCUCCGCCAUCAGCUCGCGGUCAUCGCACAGGUGGUGUCGUGGGGCGGGCAGUUUCUGGGCCAUGGCGUCUUCGAGGCGCAUAG